UUUACUCUUUGAGGUGGAGGGUGUGUCCAGCUUCAUGGUGCUGAGUCCUGUGCAGUGGCGAUUGCACCCCCAGGUGGUGGAACUCAUAUGGCAAAGGUUCAGCGAGAGACUUGUUCCCCUCUGAGGAGACGACCCACUGUCCUCUCUGGUUCCAGUUUGUCCAGAAUGCAGCAGAGAGAGUCUAAUAAAAUCAUUUAUUUGGUUCAGAAUACAAAAUAUUUUACUGAAAAUGUUUCCUAAAAAGUCACCUAACUAGUUUAUACCAGAAUCCAGGCGCUAUCUUCUCCAGAAGUUUGCGAAAGAACAAGACAGAUUUUGAGAGUUAUUUUCACAUUUCACCUGGACUUUGUGUACAGAAAUAUUUUAAUCUUUUUAAUAUAAUCAGUCUAAGAUUGAGUCUCAGGUGGACCACUGAUCAGCUCCUUGGAACACUGCAGGCUUCAACAGAGACUUGAUUUCCAUCUGCUUUUAUUAAUCUUUUAGGAAAAGAUUAAGCAAAUAAGGUCAGAUGUCUUGCAAAAGAUAUGGCACAGAAGAGAAACAGCAAACUCACUUUGACCAAGUUGUCUGAAGGACUAGGACACGUCUCGUUUGUUUCCCCCAAAUUUCAGUGAGUUUUACAGAGACACACCAGUGAUGAAACAGAAUCUGCUGAUACUCCUGUUUUUCACAGGAAUGAUCCCUGUUGUCCAGGCUGUCUAUCGUAAGUUCUAUCUGAUCCUCCAGGGGAAGACUAGGAGUGAUGCUCUGGCUUACUGCAGAGCCACGUAUUCUGACCUGGCUACCAUCGAACACCAGUAUGAAGCAGUCCAACUUCAAAAUAUAGCACAGAGUCAAUCCUGCACUUCCAACGCUUGGAUCGGACUUUACAAUGAUGUCAACAGCUGGCGCUGGUCAAUGGAGAAUGCGCCACUAGGAAGUUUCAGAUAUUGGUGUUGCACUAAUCCUGACAACAACCAUUCACAGGAAUAUUGUGCUGCAGUAGAUGUGACCGGCUGGUUUGAUUCUUCUUGUGCAUCAAAUUUUGCCUUUAUUUGCUUUGAUGGGAACUUCACCGGCACCAGCAGUUAUAUUUAUGUCUCUACUACCAUGAUGUGGUCUGAAGCUCAGAGCUACUGUAGACAGCAUCACACAGACCUGGCCAGUGCAAGAAACACAAGUGAAAACUCAAUUAUAAUGGCAAUGAUCCAAGGUCCAACUUGGAUUGGUCUGUUCAGAGAUUCCUGGAAGUGGUCAGACCAGACACCUUUCACCAGUAUUACCUGGCUACCUGAAGAACCUAAUAAUUUGCUGGGGAAUGAAAAUUGUGUUGCUAUUUUAAAUGAUAUGGCUAUAGAUGUGAUAUGUUCACGCAUAAAACCAUUCUUUUGUCAAUCAGUAAUCAAAGGAAAAAAACAAAUUGCAAGAGUGAAGGUCCAAUCCAAUCAGGAUGUGAAUGAUCCUGCAGUUAAGGCGGCCAUCUUGGAUAAGAUUAACCAGAUGUUCAAUGUUCUUGGGAACAUCACUGUGAAAUGGAGAGAGCAACAAAAUGGACAAGUGUUUAAUAAGAUUAAGGGAAAUACCUGCAAAUGAUAUUUGUUAAAUUUUGUUUCUGUGGAUGCUGGUCAUUGCUGCGAGAUAUCACACAUGAAGCACAACAAUAAAGUUAGAUGAGAUAUUACUCCUAGAAAUCAAUAUAUUCUGUACUGUGUAGUUGAAGAAUAGCAUGCUCUAUGAGCACAGCACCUAGUUCACCAUUUGUAAUAGAAUUUAGCAUUGAUACAAGAUUCAAGCAAUUCCAGUUACAGACAGACAGACACAUAGAUAGAUAGUUAAGGUACUUUAUUAAUCCCCUCUGGGGAAAUUGCAUGAGCAGGAACACAUAGCCAUUCAACAAAAAGAAUAAAAGGUAUAGAAAUUAAGUGGAUACAGUAAUUACAAGUAGAUAAAAAAAAAUUGUACACUGUAAAAAAAUAUGAAAAAUAUACACAACAAAUAUUAAUGUACAAAUACUUUUACAGUUACUUGGCUAAUCCUGAGGUUUAGGUGUUGAGAUGCAUCCAUAAAUUCAAGAUAUGCCAGUAACCAGAUCCCCGUAGAUUUUGUAGCAUAGAUUUUUGAUACACUCUUUGAGUGUGAACUUUCUUUCGACAAGUUUCUGUUUUUUUGCCUCCUGUGACAAUUUAUU